CACUUUAGUUGUCAAUAAUGUCAUUCCAUUAUCAAAAUACAGACGAAAAAAUACCAAUUUAAAAACACAUAUAAUGUAAAAAUUCUCAGUUUCAAAUUCAUAAUUCUUAUGAAUAGAUCUCAUUUGACCAUUUUUACACACCUGCAGUAUUGAUCAAUAAUGGAAGAAAAUGAACUACUCACAAUCAAACCAUUCAAAUCGAAAACAGUCAACAGAAAAUCAGUUACUUCAACAAGUAACGAACACGAUUACUAUCAGACACUAGGUAACAAUAACCAUAAUCGUUUUGAUUUUUACUACGAUGCCCCCGAAACAUUUGAUCACAUAUUAGCUGGUUCUAAAUGGAAUGAUGAUACGAAGAAACCAAAAUCAAUUGUGGACAUCAGACCUUUUAUGAGAGAAAAAGAUUUUGUCGUCAACUACGUAACCGUACCGUCUGUAAGUGGUUUAACAUGUAAGAAAAAAGUCACAGUUUGCAACCUUUGUAUCGAUUCUCCCAGACAGACUCUAUCCACUUGUCAUCGUGAUCAACCGGAAUCCGAAGGAGAUGUGUCUUUCAAAUGUGGCGGAGACGAUCCGAGCACUGGUCAUAUAAGAGCCCGAAGCAGUUUCGUAUCUUGUGAUUGCGCAGAAUGUAAAUGUAAUCCAUGCUGUGAUCCCAAUUGCCAAAAUAAGGAUCCAAUUAAAACAUUGUAUGAAUCUGAUCAGUGUACGUAUUCGAACGAUCACUGUGAACUCUCUAACGAUCCCAGUAAAGCUGAAAACAAUUGCAAAUGCGGUAAAUGCUUAGAUCCAAGUGAGCUGUCUUGUAACGAUAGGAAAAGAAAAGAAGAUGAAUUUUCUAAUUACGUAAUGGGAUACGUGUGUAUUGAUUGUAAAGUUAAGCGUGAUCCAAAUACUCAAAGAGAACCUGUUGCAAGUGGAACAAGCUCUUCCAAACCGUCUAUCAUCCACCAAACUGAGGCGGCUACAGGUGAUUCUAGUAAAGAAUCCAAAGCUGUUGCAUGUGAAAUAGACUCUUAUACACCGUUCUUUGUCCAGCAAUUAGAGGAACGCUCAGAUUCUUCCACAGUAAAAGGUAUAUAUGAAGAAUCCAAUGCUUCUACAUGUCAAACAGAUUCUUCCAAACCAUACUUCGUUCAACAGUUAGAAGAGCCCACACGUAGUACUAUGGUAAAAGAGAUAUCUGAGGUAGUAAGGAGCGCUUGCAGUAAAAUAUCUAAAGUUUCAAAAUGUCACACAGAUUCUUCUAAACCGUGCCCAGUCCACCCAUUAGAGGAUCAUGCAGAUGUUACCAUCAUAAAAGGUAUAUCUGAGACUGUGAAGAGUGAUUGUAGUAAGUUAUCUAAAGCUUCUACAUGUCAAACACUUUCUUCCAAACCGUGUCCAAUCCACCAAGUACAGCCCAGAAAUACCACCAUUGGAACUAGUAUACCUGAUGUAGUAAAGUACCAAUACAGCACAGAAUCCAAAGUUGCUACGUCUGAAACAAGUUCUUCCAAACCCCACCAAUUGGAGGAGCCUGUAGAUAUAGAUACAUCCACAAUUAAAAGUAUAUCUGGAUCAGUAAAGUAUAAUUAUAGUAAAGAAUCCAAAAUUGCUUCAUCUAACACGAAUUCUUUCAAACCGUACCUUGCGUCCCAAUCAAAGAAGCCUACAAAUACUACCACCAUAAAAAGUGUAUCAGAUAUAAUAAAAUGUCGUUGCAGUAUAGAAUCCAAACCCGAUAGAGGCGAUGGAACUUGUAAGUGUGAUAAAAUAUGCCUUUGCAAGAAAGGCGAACUGGAUAAAGAACUUAAAAUUAAGCCCAUAACAGAUUAUAAUGUAUUACAAUCAUGCACUCCGUGCAACUGUCCGGUCUGCAAAUGUGAGUCUUCUUCGAAAGGUGGCGAUAGUGGAAAGAAAAAAUCGGAAUCAUGUACUUGUGAUAAAUGCAAUUGCAGCCCCUGCGAGGAUUCUCCAAAACCUGGAGACAAAGGUGGGGGUAAAGACAUUACCCCUUGUACUUGCCAAGAUUGCAAGUGUGAUCCCUGCAGCGAUCCUACAAAAGUAAAAGGUAAAGGCAAAGCAUCUGUGGACCAGUGUAAAUGCGAUAACUGCAAGUGUAGUCCUUGCAGUGAUCCCACAAAGGGCGCAGCAAGUGGAGGUGGCGCCGGUAUUUGUACUUGUCAAACGUGCAAAUGUAGCCCUUGCACCGACCCUACAAAGGGCGCUAAAAGCGGAGGCGAUAGCGGCGGUACUUGUGACUGUUCAACGUGUAAAUGUGAUCCUUGUAGCGAUCCGUCGAAGAAGAAAGUAGCAGGAGGCGGUAAAGAUGAAUGUAAAUGUUCCGAUUGCACAUGCAAGGAAUGUGCUUUUAAGAAAGGCGGUGGCGGUAAAACCGAGACUCUAAUGUGCGAUUGCAAAGAAUGCACGUGCCCAGUUUGCACCAGAAAAGCGGAUAAGGGUGCGAAGUCGGACUGCACAUGCUCGUCUUGCCCCAAUCCCGUAUGUGCGGACAAAAGCAAAGGAAAGUCCGAUACGAUAGAUUGCAAUUGCAAGCAAUGCAGUUGUCCCGUUUGUUCGAAAAAGAAAGAUGGCGGAGCUAAGAGACCGUCCAGUUCAAAACCAUCUUCGGGCUCUAAAGAUUGCACUUGCACGAAAUGUGGCUGCCCCAGUUGUUCGAAGAAGCCCAAAGGUGGCGGUAGUGGUGGUGAAAGUAAAAAGGGAUGCGAUUGCAAGAACUGCACUUGUCCCGUUUGUACGAAGAAAGGAGAUAAAGGGGAUAAAGGCGGAAAAGAAAGUAAAUUAACUUGUAACUGUAAGGAAUGUACAUGUCCUGUUUGCACGGCGAAGGGUUCAAAGGCCGGAUCAAGCGGUGGAGAGAGCGGAGCAUUGGCGUGCACCUGCACGGACUGCACAUGUCCCGUGUGUACGAAGAAAAAGGGUGCUAAAGCUGGCGGAGAAGCUAAAUUAACUUGUAAUUGCAAGGAAUGUACGUGUCCAGUGUGUACGGCGAAGGGUUCAAAGGCCGGAUCAAGCGGUGGAGAGAGCGGAGCAUUAGCGUGCACCUGCACGCAGUGCUCAUGUCCCGUGUGUACGAAGAAAGGGGGGGCUAAAGCUAGCGGUGGAGAGAGCGGAGCAUUAGCGUGCAACUGCACGCAGUGCUCAUGUCCCGUGUGUACGAAGAAAGGGGGUGCCAAAGCUAGCGGUGGAGAGAGCGGAGCAUUAGGGUGCACCUGCACGCAGUGCUCAUGUCCCGUGUGUACGAAGAAAGGGGGGGCCAAAGCUAGCGGCGGAGAAGCUAAAUUAACGUGUAACUGCAAGGACUGCACUUGUCCAGUGUGUACGGCAGGUGGUGGCAAAAAAGGGACGAGCGGCGGAGAGAGUGGUGGAUUGGUGACAGAAGGCACUUUAAAAUGCAACUGCGAGAACUGUAAAUGCCCAGUUUGUACGAAGAAAGAGGGUGGCGGAGGAGGAGGGAGUAAAGGAGCUCCGUGUAAAUGUCCUAGUACAGGAGGGGGAAGAAAACCCAGCUCUGGAUCACCUAAAAAACCAAGUAGUGGAGGUGGAGGUCAACGUGCUGCAACUACUCCCUCAAAACUUAGUCUACCCAAGGAAGCAGAAAGUGGUGUAUCGUGUACCUGUAAAACUUGUCUGUGUAUAGAUUGUAAGAUAGCUGCAUUAAGUAAAGAGUCUAGCACCUCACAUCGGCAAAGUGGUCGCCCUAAAUCUAUUGACGUUGGAACCAAGAAAUCCCAAAGUAACAUAUCAUGCACCUGCCAAACUUGUUUAUGUAUAGUGUGUAAGUCAGCUGCAUUAAGUCAGGAUAGUACGGGUGUUAAAAAGGCUCCGUCAAUUAUUAAAGCUCACAUACUACCGCCACCAAUUAUUAAAGGUCACAUACCACCGCCAACAACUGGGGACUCUCCUAAACCAACAAGUGGGGCCUCUCCUAAACCAACAAGUGGGGAGCCAAAAAGAGCAUGUAAAUGCGACGAUAAGAAAAAGGACACUGUUACAUGUACCUGUCAAACUUGCACGUGCUCACCGUGCAAAGCAGGUGGAGGUAAACCGAGUUCAGCAGGUAGCAAACCAACUUCAAAUGAAAAAGGUAGUAGAGGAAGUUCUGCUGGUAAAACUAGAGGCCCUUGCAAAUGCCCAAGUAAAACAGGAGGAGGAGGACUUGAAACCACUGCUACACUGAUGUGUAACUGCAAUCCAUGCUCAUGCCCUGUUUGUACCAAGAAACCAGCAGGAGGGAAAAAAUCUGGAACUCCAUGUAAAUGCCCGAAGAAAGAUGCCGGCACCGGAGAAGGAGGCGUCGAUUUUGGUGGUCCCACAAUAUCGUGUAACUGCAAAGAGUGCACGUGUCCAGUGUGUACGAAAAGAAAACCGGGUGAUAAAAAACCUGGAAGUGGUGGUGCACCCAAACCACCACCUGGACGUCCGUGUAAAUGUCCCCCCAAAAAAGAAGAAAAAGAAGGAGGCUCGGGAGGAGAAUGCCUCUGUAAAUCCUGUGGAUGCGGUCCGUGUCCGAGAAAAUCAGGCGGAAAGUCAGGAUCAGGAGGAUCAGGUGGUGGUACUAAAAGGACGGUUGGUACUUCUCCGAGUAGCGCACCUGUCGAUGAACCGAUCCAGAAAAAGUGCGCGUGCGUGGGAACAGAAGCGCCCCCAACCAAAACAAAAACGUCAAAUCUGAUGAAAAUAGGCACCGGCGGUUCGAGCAGCAAACUAACUUGCAAAUGCCUCAAAUGCGACUGCGCCGACUGCAUGGCGAAGAGAGCGGAUAAAGGAGUCGGCCACGAUGUGCCAGGAGAUAUCGUGGCUUGCGAAAAAUGCAGCUGCCCGAUGGACAAACAAAAACCAGUGGAAAGUGCGCAGAAGGAGUUCAAAUCUACCACUUGCUCUUGCUUUGACCUUGGAGAGGUACCGAAGAGGGAACGCGGGGAAGAUACCACCGCGCAAAAAUGCGGCCGAUGCGGCUGCGUUAACUGUAAGUUGAAUCCGAGCCAAAUGCAAUUGAACCCAAAGGUGUUCAUAUGUUCUAUGUGCACUUGCUCCGAUCAACCCACUUUUCUUACCAAGUACGCUCACACUCCUUCCAGACACAGCUCGAAAUCUGCCCAGGAAUACCUAAGCGCUCUGUCUCGCUUGUGUAGUUCUCACGUGCAACAAGUAGAACUGAUCGAAGCUCCUCCGCCGCCACCAACUGCGCUUACUUCGGCAAUAGACUGCAAACAAACUGACAGCGAAAAACGGCUCAUGUGCAGGUGCACUGCUUACUGUUCUUUGAUCCAAAUUAAUGCACCAAGUGAAAAGGGAGACGUUGCAGUUUGCACUUCGACAAUUCUACGUGAAAUACGAGAGAUGCAAUGCGAAACCAAUCCAAUAAUCCUUCGCGAAGCACUUGUAGGUGGUGAAAAUCCAACAACGCCAAAAGAUAAAUCGCAAAAUACGGAAAAAUGUCUCGACAAACUGGAGCAACAGGCGGAACAUCAACCAGAGUUGAUCAAAAACAUGAUCUUAAAUUUAAACAAUACAUUUCAAGCCAAACGUAAGAAGCAACGAAGAACAAAACUUGGACAUCUAAAUCUUGCUGACAUACCGCCAUUUGAGCCACCCAGGAAGGUACUAAGUAAUUCAGAUACUUGCAGUUGCAUAAUUUGCGCCUCAAAGCGCAUGGAGAAAAAUUUGGAACCUCUCGAGAAACCAACGUAUCAUUCCAUUUUGAAAAUAAAAUCCGAAUGGCAGAAGGUACUCAAAAGCAAGGCCACCAAAACCGAAUUUCCCAAUGACAAUUCGAGACAAUUCGAGUAUGAUUUUCCGAGAUAUAAAUUUAGAGACUAUUUCAAUGACCCUUAUUUCGCUAAAUAUGUCCUAAAAGGGCCGAAUAUGGGUUCUACGAGCUCUCAAGGAUCCCAGGAUAAGUCGGAAGAACGUAUUGCCAAACCACUGCUGGUUAAGAAAGAGGACGAUUUCGAUCUGACGAUGUCUAAUUUAAUGAUUGCCUAUUCAUGUUUGGAGAAAAAAGGCAAAGCCAAAGACCAGAUGAUCGAAGGCCUUAGCGAAAUUUUAAAGUCACUGGGCGGAGAAAAUAUAUGCGAGUCUAUCAUGAAUUGCCCACCAAUAGGAACAGCGCCCGACUACGACAGAUGUGACGAUCUAAGAUUGCUAGAAAACUGCAAUUUCGAUUACGUAAAUCAAGAUAAAAAUCGAGUGUCAUCCCAUUCGACGUCUAGCAGGUUAAAAAAAUCGCAAGCCAAAUUAUCGCAGCCAUUCAAUUCGCUCGCCAGAAGCUCGGACGAUUCCAUCGUAAAGCAACUGAAACGAAAUAAAUACCAAUCUUCUGUCAAAGAAAUGUGCGAAUCUCGAUCUAGCGAUCACCUUUUUGGCAAUUUUAACGAAAAAAUGGCCUAUUAUUCGAUGUACUCGCGCAAUGGUAGCGCCCUCAGAGACUACGAUAACACCUGUAGGGUGGUGGGCGAUUGGAAAACUAGCAAACAGGAAAAUUCUGCACUUAUUCCUAUACGCAGUCGACCUCUGAGAUCAUCUACUCCUGUCCAUUUAGACCAUCAAUCAGAAUCGAGCAUUCAACUAGCCAUAAACAAGCUGAAAAGAAAAUGCAAAGAAAAGGACGCUCUUAUCAAAGUUACAGCACUUCAGCUAAGAAAGAACAUCAGCAACAGAACGCUAGCAAAUUUGUUGAAAGUAUUACCCGGUGCAAUAGGAAUGAACAUUUUCAAUACGAUCGGUAAAGAUGAAAAAGAAAAUAAACAUCCAAAAGAUGAAGAAAUACAGAAGAAAAUAACCGAGAGCGGUAAAAUGUUCGCUAACAAUGCUCACGUCAGUUUGGAGGGUUUCGAAAUAACAAGCGUGAUCAGGAUCACGGUGGACAGUUUAAUUAUGAAAUGGUCAUUGCCGAAGAGCAAGGCAGUUUGUGGUUACGACAUUUCGAUCAAUGGUAAAACUAAGAUAAAAGUUAUGAGUGGAAUCAGGACGUGUACCAUGAUCCAUUCCGUUGAUUUAUCCAAACCUGUAUUUAUUGCUGUUUACGCUGUAACUGCCUGUGGACGAUGUGAACCUCCCGCUACGGCUAUUUUUGAGUUACAAACCAAAUGUAAAUAAUGUUCAAUACUUGUUCAACCUAUUGUAUCGAAAUAAAAAUUCUGCGAACUUUGAA